AAAAAAAUCAUUUUUCAUCACUUUUUCAUUUGUUUUUUGCUCUUAUCUAUCUUUUUUUAUUUAAACCAACCAGUCAAUCAAUUUAAUUAUCUUGCACAGCAACUGUUCAUCAACCAUCCUCCAUUCGCCAAAAAAUGAAGCCUGGAGCCGUAAACAUUUCCACAAAAGACAUUGUCUGGCGCAUCAUCAACAUUAUCGUUUCUGUUCUGUGGAUAGUCACCGCAGCCUUCCACUUUGUCGAUGGCACAUUCCAGUCAGUCAUGCCUGGAUUAUUUUUGCUCAUCGUCGGCUUUGCAUCGAUAAUGUUUGAGCUUUGGCGUCCUAGAGUUGUUCUUGAAAACUGCUAUUUCAUGUGGAACUUCAUGGGUCGAGGAAUAUUAUUGUGGUUCUCAUCGCUUACGCUGUUCCCUGUUAGUAGCACCAACGUGGACUAUUCGUAAAUUACCGAAUGUAUGUUUGUUUUUAAUGAGAAAGGGAAUAAGAUGUGGCGGAGGCGAUUGUAACUGCGGAGUCAUGAAAAUAUUAGUGUGAUUUGUGUGGAUUGACUAAUCGUUAUAGCCUUUCUGUUUUGAAGUCAGUUGUUAAUUUAUAUUACUAUUGUGUCGAAUU